UGUAGCCCUCCAUGGGGUAUCUUACCGUAUCUACCGAAAGGGGCCUGUCUUCCCCAGGCGCUAACCCCGUGAACGGACGUGAUUGCACCGUCUGUGGGGUUUUGUGUCCCCGCAUCGUGAGAGAGCUCGGUAAGACGCUACCCCGACUCGGAGCUAGACAACUAGCCGCGCCAUAGAAGAGCAACAUCGAUAUGAAGCUUUGUUGUUGAGUCUGAAGAGCUCGUUUGCGACGGAACUCGAAAACUUGAUGCCAAGGCCCUGGCGCCAACCUCGAUCAUCUCAUCGCCACUGACAUGAGUAUAUAUACGAUGGCAGUUUCCAAGAUGCCUGUGAUGCCGUGUGGGAUGAACGACGACAUUGCUUCUGUGGACCCACUCAACUGAAUCUAAGGAUAACUUUAAGAUGCGCGUCAUUUCCAUCCUCGCCGCCGUCGCGUCGGCUGCUGUCGUAGCCGGCAAUCCUGUAGCCCGCCAAACGUCCAAUUUUGCCGGCUACCUGAUCUCGACCUUCAGCGACGCCAACCCGAAAGUCCAGUUUCACUUGUCGAAUGGCAACAGCGCGUCUAGCUUCAAGUUUCUCAACAAGGGUCAGGCAGUCCUCACGUCGACCGUGGGUACCAAGGCUGUCCGUGAUGUCUACCUGACAACAAACCCCUCGCGAACAGAGUGGUACAUAAUUGCCACUGAUCUUGAUAUCAAUGCUGCUGGCUUCAACUGGGACAAAGCCACGAGAACUGGUAGCAGGGGAAUCGUUGUCUGGAAAUCCACCAACCUCGUCGACUGGUCUGCUCCCACGCUGAGAAUCGCUCAUUGGUACGUCUUCUGGUCCGCCCGACACUACCAGUCCACCGACACGGCCCACACCGGCACCGCAACGCUCGACCGAAUUCGAUACACCACGACAAAGGACUUUGUCACCUUCAGUCCGGCCCGAGACUACCUUGCCUUAGCGGGCACUCCCCUCAUCGACCAGGAGUUCCAGUACUUAGGCACAUCCGGCUCCUAUGCCCGCUUCCUGAAGAACGAGACCACCAACCAAGUCUACCAAGAGGUCACUUCGAACGGCAUCUUUGGCACUUGGAAUCGUAUUCCUGGCUAUGUCAGGAAUGAGAGCCCUCGGGAGGGACCGGCCUCUUACGCCGACAACACCACGCCCGGACUGUACCACCUCCUGCUAGAUGACUACACUCAAUAUGUGCCAUUUCAGACCAGCAAUAUUCAGUCGCCUAACUGGCAGGCUGGUAGCACUUCUGGCUUCCCUUCUGGACUGAAGCAUGGAUCGGUUACGCCCAUUACUCAGGCUGAGUGGAACGCACUGAACUCGAGGUUCCCUGCUUAA